ACUUCAGCUCUUUUAAAUGAUCCUUUGAUUUCAAUCUCCAAAAGUUCCAUUUCAGCAAAUGAUACGCUUUGUUCGUUACCUAGAGAUAGCUUCAGAGUUUUUUUUUUGCGAAAAAAUCUUUGUGGAGUACCUGCGGGAGACCAUACAUCUCUGCCAGAUUGAGGUAUCGCAACACAUUGUUCGGUAGAAUAUUUUCAGCCAUUGCUUCACCACAUCGCUCUAACACGCUUUCCAACUGGAGAACAGAGGCGGCAGAUAGGACUCCCUCGACUUUAUCUAGGUCGAUUUCGAUUUGGUUAUGAUAAAGCGAUCCUAGAACUGCGUGGAGCCCUUCACGAGUUACAUUUUCGUCUGGAAAAUUGAGAUGUAGAACAUCUUCCUUCGAAUCUUUCCAAUUUCCUUGCAUCAGAACCUCGAAAUACUUACACUGUUUCAAGUAUAAUUUGUGAAGGUGCCACACGUGGCCAACGGCGUGUACGGUGA